GCAGCCUUUAAAUAGUCUGCUGCUUGGUGCUUUUGACAUCAUUGGUUUGCAGAGGAUCCUUGACUGUCAGCGAAACUACGAGUAUAUCGAUCUUGUGAAGCCACUUGACCAUGGACUCCCCAAUGUGCCUCGUUAAAAACACUGAUGGAGAGCUUUGCGUAGAACCAGAGGCCAUCGACUACCUGAUGGGACUGAAACAGCGAGUUGUAGUUGUGGCGGUGGUCGGGCUGUAUCGCACCGGAAAGUCCUACCUCAUGAACAAGCUGGCUCAGAGUAAAAGAGGUUUUGCCCUUGGAGCCACCAUCCAGUCUAAGACUAAAGGCAUCUGGAUGUGGUGUGUCCCUCAUCCUGAAAAAACAGACCACACCCUGGUGCUGCUGGAUACAGAGGGACUGGGGGACGUGGAGAAGGGGGAUUCUAAGAAUGAUGCCUGGAUCUUCUCCCUGGCCAUUCUGUUAAGCAGUACUCUGGUCUACAACAGUCGAGGGACCAUCGACAAUGAUGCUGUGGAGAAGCUUCAAUAUGUGAACGAGCUGACAGAGAUGAUCAAGGUGAAGUCUUCCACUGACAAUGAGGAGGAAGGAGAGGGCACCCAGUUUGCGCAGUUCUUCCCUAAUUUUGUGUGGACCGUCAGAGAUUUCACUCUACAGCUCGAGAUCGACGGCAGAGAAAUCACUCCAGACCAGUAUCUGGAGAAUUCCCUGCAACUCAAGAAAGGUACUGGUAAAAAGAUCAAUGACUACAACCUCCCGCGAGAGUGCAUCCGGAACUUCUUCCCCUCACGCAAGUGUUUUGUGUUCCCCUCCCCUACAACUCCUGACAACAUGAAACGACUGGACUCCAUGGACGAGGCUGAGCUUUCUGAAAGCUUCAGAGAGGUGGCAGAUACUUUCUGCCGCUUCAUUUUCCAGGAGAGCCGUACGAAGACUGUUAUAGGGGGACACACAUUGACUGGAGAGAUGCUGGGGCACCUGGUCACCACCUAUGUGGAUACCAUAGCCAAAGGCAAUGUGCCCUGUCUGGAGAAUGCUGUGUUGGCCAUGGCUAAAAUUGAGAACCAGGCUGCUGUGGAUGAGGGCCUGGCGGUGUACCAGAAGGGAAUGGAGGAUGUGAAGGUCUUAUUCCCGGUGGACAUCAAUCAGCUGUCAGAGAACCACCUUCGCUCAGAGACUCAGGCCACACAGGCGUUCAUGAAGCGAUCCUUCAAAGACGAAAAUGGGGAGUUCUUGAAAGCUCUUGUGGAGGCCAUUAGCAACCACUCCGCCGACCUUUUCAAACAAAACAAGGAUGCCUCAGAGAAGAAGUGCAAGGCCCUUCUGGAGAAUCUGUCUGCUCCGAUGGAUCAGGGGAUGAAGGAGGGAAGGUACGCCACACCGGGAGGCUAUGAGCUUUACUGCAAUCACCAUGACAACAUAGUGGCACAGUACCGGGCCGAGCCCAACAAAGGAGUCAGGGCUGAGGAGGUUCUGGAGCAGUUCCUGAAGGGAAAGAGUGCAGAGUCCAACGCCAUCCUGCACGCUGACAAAAAACUGACUGAAAAUGAGAAAAAAAUCCAAGCUGAGAAGAAGAAAACAGCUGAGCUGGAGCAGGAGAAAGCAGCAUCCAAGGAGCAAAAAGCAGAGAUGGAGCGCAAAAUUGAGAACAUGGGCAGGGGCCAGGAGAAGUACUUGAAAGAGAUGGAAGAGAAGAUGGAGAAGGAGAGGAAGCAACAGCAGCAGGAGUUCAACAGGACCCUGGACCACAGGAUGCAGGAGCAGAAAGAUCUCCUGGAGAAGGGCCAUAAGGAGAAGGCUGAGCUGAUGAGGCAAGAGAUCGAGGAGAUAAAGAAGAAGAAUCAAUUGGAAAGGGACGCCAAUACCCAGAAUCAGAAGGCUCUGCUGAAUGACUACAAGCGGCAGGCUGAGAAACAUAAAAGAAAGAUGCAUGCGUUAAUGGGGAAGCGCAACAAUAGAUCACAUGUUUGUGAACCACUCUGUACACUCUUGUGAUCCACUUUGAACCUGUGAAAAGCUAACUGAUAUUGAAUUUUGAAGCUUUGAAGUGUUUGUCCUCUCCAGCCAUUGCUGUUUUUAUCUCUCCCUGCUGGUAAUCUAUGAAAGUUUUAACGUCUUGAAAAUCUAUCUGGCAUUCAUGGCCGCAUGAACCUGGAUCCUCUCUAGGUUUCUUCCUAGGUUUCUGCCUUCUUGGGACUUUUUCCUAGCCACUGUGCUUCUGCCUCUGCAUUGCUUGCUCUUUGGGGUUUUAGGAAUGGGUAUCUGUAAAGCACUUUGUGACAACUGCUGAUGUUAAAAGGGCUUUAUGAAAUAAAAUUUGAUUGAUUGAC